AUGCACGACUUCGACGUGCCCACCAAGUUUGGCCAGGCUAUUGUUCGCAUUGCCUUCCCUCUCCACGAGCUUCCAGUGACCAUCCCUGCGCCUCACGUCGAUACCGCCAAUGAGAGCUCGUUGGUUCCCGCCGAGAUGAGAAUAAAUGGUCGCACUAAGUUCUUGCUCCCAGCGCUAAAGGUGAUUCAGAACUCCCUGGGUAAAACCCCUCUGGUUUCCCCCGCCUUGCUUGACGAAUCAUCAGAUAGCACGCUCACGCUAACUGCAAAGUAA